AUGCGGAAGAAAAUUUUGGUCUCCGUUGCCCCACUCAUCCCAACCUUCACUCCUACGUUUCUCAGAAACGCAUCAACCACGCCCAUUUUCUUUCCCUCCCAAUUCGACACUUACUUCCAACCCAAUACCCGGGACACAGUUUACACUUGUAACAGAGACAUUCAGCGAUAUAUGGAAUUAGGAUCGAUUGAUUCCGCACUUAAACUGUUCGACGGAAUGCCUAUACGAGACGCAGUUACAUGGAACUUAAUUAUUUCGGGACAUAAGCGUAAUGGGUAUUCACGAGAAGCAAUGUACUUCUACACUCAAAUGGUUUCCCAAGGAUUUAUCGAGAGUUCAUCUACAUUUUCGACUGUUUUGGGUGUAUUUAGCGAUGAAGGGUUAUACCCAGAAGGACUUCAAGUUCACAGCAGGGCGAUCGUUCUUGGUUUGAGUUUGAAUGUGUAUGUGGGAACUUCAUUGAUUGAUCUUUACAUGAACAUGGGUCUCGUCAGUUUUGCUUUCAGAUUAUUUAACGAUCUACCAGAGAGGAACAUCGCAACAUGGAAUCAGUUGCUGAGAGGUUUUCGUGUAUUUGGAAGAUCACAAAAGUUAGAAUUGUAUUAUAGGAUGAAAAGUGAAGGUAUCGUGCCAAAUCCACUCACCUUUUGUUAUCUGAUCCAUGGAUUUGGCAACGAAAAGUUGAUUAAUGAAGGAAAAGAGCUCCAUUCUUAUGCAAUUAAGGUGGGAUGGGGUGAAUCAGAAUUGUUUGUUUCAAAUGCUUUGGUGGAUUUUUAUAGUGCUUGUGGGAUUCUAACAGAUGCCAAAAGAUCAUUUCAAAUCAUUCCAACAAACGAUGUGAUUUCUUGGAAUUCAUUAGUUUCUGUGUACGCAUAUAAUGGGCUUGCAAGCAAUGCUCUUGAAAUCUUUUCUACAAUGCAAACAUGUGGUAAAAAACCAUCAAUUCGUUCAUUUGUUAGCUUAUUAAAUCUAUCUAGUGGGAGUUCAAAUAUUCUCCUUGGGAAACAAGUUCAUUGUUUUGUCUUGAAACUGGGGUUUGAUCAUGGCAGUAUUUACAUUCAAUCUGCUUUAAUCGAUAUGUAUGGAAAAUGUGGUGAAAUCGAAAGCUCGGUGUCAAUUUACGAAAACGUCCCUGUAAAAACUCUCGAGGUAUGCAAUUCCUUGAUGACAUCAUUUGCAAAGUGUGGUGUUGUUGAAGAUGUGAUUGAAUUGUUUGGAUUGAUGGUUGAUGAAGGCAUUGGGUUUGAUGAAGUUAGCCUAUCAACCACAUUUAAUGCAUUGUCAAAGUCAUGUUUUGGUAGCUUGACAAACUGUAAAUUAUUGCAUAAUUGUGCUGUGAAAUCCGGUUUUGAUCAUCAUCUUGCAGUAUCCUGUUCUUUACUCAAUAGUUAUUCCAAGUUUGGACAUGUUAAAUCGAUAGGAAGCUAA